AUCUGAAUAAAAUGUCCAUGUAAACAGAGCUCAAUUGCUAUUAUUAUUGUCAAUGACUACUAUCAACAAUGAUGCCUCAUGACCUUAUUUUACUACAUGUAAUAAUGCUGUUCUAUAAUAAUUUGUACACCCAUCCCCCACGUCGACAUACUUCGAAAGGACCUACUCGCGAAGAGUGAUUUCAAUAGUGGAGCUUGGUGCUGUCACAUUCUCGGACUCACCUGAGAAAUGUCCACCCCGGACCCCCCCAUGGGAGGGACGCCUCGGCCGGGCCCGUCUCCAGGAGCCAUGGGCCCCAGCACUUCCCCAGGCUCUGCUCAUAGCAUGAUGGGACCCAGCCCAGGUCCCCCAGCCUCUGGACACUCCCACACACAACAGGGGCCCUCAGGAUAUCCUCAGGAGAAUAUGCAUCAGAUGCACAAACCUAUGGAAGGAAUGCAUGAGAAGGGCAUGUCUGAUGACCCUCGCUAUGGACCGAUGAAGAGCAUGGGCAUGAGAGCAGGUGGAGGCCACAUUGGAAUGGGACCCCCUCCUAGCCCCAUGGACCAACACUCCCAAGGCUACCUCUCUCCACUGGGGGGUUCUGAGCACACUCCCAGCCCUGUGCCAGCCAACGGCCCUCCCCCUGGCCCCAUGAUGCCCUCUGGCCCAGGUGUUCCCAUGGAGGGCGGUGACCCUCAGUCCAUGGGCCAGCAGAGCCUCGGUGGUGUCCUGAGUGGUGGUUCAGUGCCAGGUGGGGUUGGGCCUGGUGGACCUACCCCCUUCAACCAAAACCAGCUGCACCAGCUCAGGGCCCAGAUCAUGGCCUACAAGAUGCUGGCUCGCAGCCAGCCCCUGCCAGACCACCUGCAGAUGGCUGUGCAGGGCAAGAGGCCCAUGCCAGGGAUGCAGCCAGGGAUGCCCAACAUGCCCCCUUCCUCUGGGCCUGGGGCGGGGCCUGGACAGCCACUAGCAAACUACAACAGACCACUUGGAAUGGUAGGCCCAAACAUGCCUCCUCCAGGACCCUCAGGUGUUCCCCCUGGUAUGCAGGGCCAGCCCACCAAUGGACUCCCUAAACAAUGGCCUGAAGGGCCCAUGGUGAAUGCUGCUGCUCCAUCCAGUGCCCCCCAGAAGCUGAUUCCCCCUCAGCCCACUGGCAGACCCUCCCCUGCUCCUCCCUCCGUGCCCCCUACUGCCUCCCCGGUCAUGCCCCCUCAGACCCAGUCCCCUGGGCAGCCCCCCCAGCCCUUGCCCAUGGUGCUGCACCAGAAACAGAACCACAUCACACCUAUCCAGAAGCCCUGUGGCCUGGACCCAGUGGAGAUCCUCCAGGAGAGAGAGUACAGGCUACAGGCUCGAGUGCUGAGGCGCGUAGCGAGUAAAAAUCAUCUGUCCUCCAUUCCAACACUCACUACCGAGUUUCAAACUGCCUCUGGAAGCAACGUCAGCACAAGAACUGUUCGUCGGGAGCUUCAUGAAAUGGGUUUCCAUGGCCGAGCAGCCGCACACAAGCCUAAGAUUACCAUGCGCAAUGCCAAGCGUCGGCUGGAGUGGUGUAAAGCUCGCCGCCAUUGGACUCUGGAGCAGUGGAAACGUGUU